AUGGGCACAGCUUCGCAACUUCCUGCCGCGUCUUUGGCCGGUAUGCUUCGCGUCUGGAAGAUGUCGGGCGAGGAGCUGGUCGCGUUGCGUCGGGAGGACUUCUCGGAAUCUUAUGACGUCGCCGACGAACUGAGGAGACUCUUGCGAAACAGGUAUGGCUUCCCAGUAUGCACUCAGACGCUGUUGCUCGACGGUGGCAAGUUGGAGCCGACCUGCCGGCUAAGCUUUCCUUCGGAUCUUCAGUUGAUUUUGAGUGUUCAAGGUCGGCCGCUGUUGGUGACGAGCUGGUUUUGUACGCUGGCGAUCAAGGGCAUCCAGAGCAUGUCUUUUUGGCAAGUGACAGAGGUGGACAGAUCAUUCGUAUAG